AUGGAGCCAGGGCGAUAGUGGGCGGUCCCUCGGCUGCUGCUCUCUGAUUGGUCCGUCAUUCAGCGCCUCUCUUCCUCAUCAGUGAGUCCUUUGGUAGAGGCUGGUGUAUGCUGAAGCUGCAGUUCGUGACUUGUCAAAGCUCCUUUUACCACAGGAUGACAACUCUUUCCCAGACAAAAGAACUCUUCAGGAGGGCAGAAGCUGUCUGUUUUGAUGUGGACAGCACUGUCAUCAAAGAAGAAGGCAUCGAUGAGCUCGCCAAGUUCUGUGGUGUGGGGGAUGCAGUCACUGAAAUGACUCGCAAAGCAAUGGGCGGCUCAAUGACAUUUAAAAAGGCCCUGACUGAGCGUCUUUCCAUCAUCCGAUGCUCCAGAGAACAAGUAAACAAGCUGAUAACGGACCACCCACCUCAGCUGACUCCAGGUGUUAGGGAGCUUGUGGACAGUCUGCACCAGCGCAACGUCAAGGUGUUCCUCAUUUCAGGUGGUUUCCGCUGCAUUGUUGAGCAUGUGGCCACUCAGCUAAACAUUCCUCUGCAUCACGUCUACGCCAACCGACUCAAGUUCUACUUCAACGGAGAGUAUGCUGGUUUUGAUGAGAGUCAGCCCACAGCUGAGAGCGGCGGAAAAGGAAAAGUCAUCAGCAUGUUGAAGGAACAACACGGUUUCAAGACUGUGGUGAUGAUUGGAGACGGAGCCACUGAUCUAGAGGCCUGCCCUCCAGCUAGUGCUUUCAUUGGAUUUGGAGGGAAUGUCGUCAGGCCACAGGUUAAGGAGAGGUGUUCAUGGUAUGUCACCAGCUUUGGAGAGCUAUUAAAGGAGCUGGAGAAGAUUUAGAGAUGCUGAAAGACUACGGUUGCUAAUUUAACAUUUUAUAUUUGCACCUAAUGGUGUGCCACUGAUGGUUAUAUCAGUACACAUUUCUUUAGACUCCAGUAGAUUUUUAUAAUAAAAAAAGUUUACACUAAUGAGACCAAUUUUACCUUAACAUGGAUGGUGCCCUAUUAAUUUUUUUUAUACUAGAACAGACUAAUAAUAUAACUUUACACUGUCAAUGUGGAGUAAAUUAAGAUUUUAGUGUUUUUGCACUUUUCACAUCAAAGCCUUUCGCUAAGCUAAUACAACUCGUAGAUAUUAUGGCACCUGCAUUAAGCUGUAGGAAUAUUGUGGAUCUGUGUUCUGUAAUCAGAGCUGUGGUGACUUCAGUCCAUCAAAGAUGAGAACAUGCUGUCAAGGAUGUUUGGACAACUUUAAUCUGUUGGCGUUCUUGCUCCCCUCUUUACAUGGUUCCUGCUGAAUAAAAAGAUCAGAUAAGCAUGCUUCCUUUAACAAUAAAACCUCUAUUACAGUAUGAAGCAGCACAACUGUCUGCUCUGUAGCAGAUUCACUCAGCCACUGAUGGGUAAUACCUGUUUUCACUUUACCAUACAUGAUUGCUGUGCCCCAUUAAAACAUGUUGGAUAAAAACAGAUUUUAAAACCAGGCAUGCUGUCUUCACAAGAAAAAGAUGGAAGCCAUAGUUACAAACACGGCACCAUGAAACGUUACCAUGACAGAAUCUAGGAACAGCCAGGAACGCAACAGAGGAGUGACUUGCAAAACAAUGUCUGAUUUAGAAUAGACAAAUAUAAAAUUAUGACAUAUGCUAUCAAGAUAGGUGACAGAAGUACAGCCUUUAUUGAUAUACAGAGGCUUUUUGUCUUCAGUCAGAAAUGGCAUGGCUUAUGUCAAAGUGCCACUUUUUACUCAGCACACCUAAAACAGAAAGUUAUGUAUUCUAAAUAAAUAAAAAGCCCCUGCACUGAG